AUGGCUGCUGUCUACAAGUCUAUCUCCAAGUCCAGCACUACAAAGGUCGAGGCGUCUAGCAAUGGCGUUAAGAAGAAUAAGCAGAGGGUUCUGAUCCUCUCUUCUAGAGGCGUCACUUACCGACAUCGUCACCUUCUAAACGACAUUGCAGCAAUGCUCCCCCACAGCCGAAAAGAUGCAAAAUUCGACUCCAAGACAAAGCUGUACGAACUGAACGAGCUGGCCGAGCUCUACAACUGCAACAACGUGCUCUUCUUCGAGGCAAGGAAGGGCAAGGAUCUGUAUGUUUGGCUUAGCAAAGUCCCUAACGGGCCUACCAUCAAGUUCCAUCUCCAGAACUUGCACACCAUGGAGGAACUUCACUUCACCGGCAACUGUCUCAAGGGGUCGCGGCCCGUUCUCUCCUUCGACGGCGCUUUCGACAAGCAGCCUCACCUCCGGGUGAUCAAGGAGCUCUUCCUCCAUACCUUCGGCGUACCCCAGGGCGCAAGAAAAUCCAAGCCUUUUAUCGACCACGUUAUGGGAUUUAGCUUUGUCGAUGGCAAGAUCUGGGUUCGCAACUAUCAAAUCAACGAGGUCGAGGCGACAGCCAAGGAGGGUGAAGAAGAGGAAGAGACGACCAAGUCUCGAUCUGGUAAGCCUGAUACCGAUAUCAACCUGGUCGAGAUCGGUCCACGAUUCGUCUUGACACCUAUCGUGAUCCAGGAGGGCUCUUUUGGUGGGCCUAUUAUCUAUGAAAACAAGGAGUUUGUGUCACCAAACCAGGUCCGAGCCGAUAUUCGAAGGACAAAGGCUUCGCGACACAACGCCCGCGCAGAGAAAGAGGUGGAGAGACGGGUCAGGAAGGGCGACCUCGGACUGCGAUCUGUUGGCGGCCAGCGACCGGCCAAGGAUGAGCUGGAUACCAAGAUGUUGUUCGCUUAA